CACCAGCGACACCAGGCUUCUGCCUCUCACUCUCAGCCUCUCUGUAAUCGAGUUGUCGUCUCUGGUGUUGCUUGUUUAGUCAGUUGUCCGUCAGCCUCAUACCGUAGAUCAGUAGAUUGAAAAAUUGUUUCAUUUUUUGAAAAUAUUGAUGUACUGUAUUUUAUGAUAACAACACAGACAUAGUUAUUCAAUAUCUGUAUAUGCAUUUUUACGUUUUGGAUUUUUUUCUUUUUCCUAUAGCCUAAUGCUUUACCGGUAUAUGAUUAUAAUAUUUGAAUAUACUUUAAUUGGUUGAUUGAACUUGGGAAUGUUAUUUUUUCAUUUACAUGAUCAUUUGAUGGAUACAUUGAUUUUGUAGGCCCUAUAGUUCUCUUCCAGUGUUCAGAAACCGAAAGUCAUGACAUCUUACGUUGGUUCCAAUGUUACAAUAAACUGUGGGGAUGUAAUAGGUCAUUGUCAGGGAAUCGUGAAAGAAGUAGACCAAAAAUCACAAACAAUUACAAUUUCCAAUCCAUAUCGAAAUGGUUUUAAAUGCCCACAUAAUGAGAUGACAAUUCCGUCGUCUGAUAUCGUAGAAAUCACCAUCAUUGAUGGCCUUCUUUCAACAUUGGAAACUAAGGAUAAGAAAUCCUCAAAAAUUGGGUUAUCAAGUGUAAAAAAAGAAAAAGGGCCUAAAAACAAUGAAAGCCGACAAGUUGGUAUUACAGAUAGAAUACCAAUGCAUUCUAGUUCACCACAACCUGGCUCGGAGUAUAAAGGUGGGAAAAAGUAUUCAAAAGUACGGAAGGGUUUAUAUAAUCGGGAUGACGAUACGUUUGAUAACAACCCGCAAGAUAUGACUGAAGAUUUCGAUUUUGUCAAGAAUCUUGCUCUUUUUGAUAAACUUGCUGUAUACAAUGAGAUAAACUCUGGAAGUGAUGGAGAAAGUAUGAGAACUCCAUCAAAACAAAGACAUAGAAAGGUUGAAGAGAAAUACAAGCAUGACGAGUUCGUUCUACAAAAAGGGCCUGUAAUAUACCGACAAAUAAUAACAAAUGAGGUGACCAAAUACGAAGUUUCAGAAUAUUACACAGAUGCAGGACUUGUAGUUCCCACUAUUUCAAAUGAUACCUAUAUACAAAUAUUGCAUGCCGCUGAACUCAUGGGUUUCGGAAUGGAUAGACAAACUGAAAUAUUUGGAGCUAAUGCAAGUCUCAUGGCUCUAUCUGUAUUGGGUGGCUGUAAUAGGCUUCAUCCAAGAAAUUCACAUCAGCCCCCAUCUGCAGUUGUAAUGUGUGGGCCUCAUAGAACAGGUGCUCAAGGUGUUGCAACAGCGAGGCAUCUUUCAAAUCAUAAUGUAAAAGUGAAUGUGUUCAUGCCCAAUUUUGUUAAAAUACAUGCUUGCCUACAAGAAGAAUUAAGACUAUUGUCUCUAACAGAUGCUGUUGUUAUUAGCGAAUAUUCUGAAUUACCUACAAAUCCUGUUGAUUUAAUCAUUUCUGCGAUGGAUGAAGAAGAUUGUGAAUUUUUAUAUCAGCAAUCUUGGUAUCAACAUUCCGUUCGUUGGUGUAAUGAAAAUCGAGCUCCUUUAAUGUGUCUCUCUCCACCAGCUGCAUUACCUCCAGAUUUGCAUAUAAAAUGGUCUGUGUGUGCAGUACUGCCUUUUUCACUUUCAGCAAAAUAUGGUGCUUUAUACAUGAUUGAUGUAGGAAUACCAGUGAGAGCAUUUGAAAAACUAGGAAUUCAGUAUCAGUCGCCUUUCUGUGGUAAAUCUUUCCUUCAUUUACACAAAAGUAAAUGAGAAAUGUACAGUACUUGCUUUUUUGAUCUUUUAAAUGCAUUUUGUACCGGUAUAAAUGUGAGUGUGACCUUGGUCAUUCGUAUAUUAAAGGUUUACCAUCUCUUGGAAAAUGUGCUGGUUAAUUAAACAUAUUUGAUUUUUUUUUGCUCCAUUCCAUUUCUCAAUUUUUAUCUUCCUUUUAUUAAUCUCAAUAUUGGAGAAAAGGGUUGACAGAUAAUAAUAUGGCACCUAGUAAAGGUUUUUAUGAAUGUUUGAUAACCAAGCAAGACUCCACCCAACUAUAUGUGUGUGGGUGGAGAGUUCAAAAGAUCACAUCACCACUAGUCCAAACUGCAGCUAAAUAUAAAUACGAUGCCAUCAGCAUAUUGAAAAUAUCCCUCUCAGGAAAUGACAUUGCAACUUGCCAUAAUCACCUGAACAAUCUACUAGAUAAUUGAAUGAAUCUAUUUGAUUACCUGAUUACAGUGUAUAAAUAAACAGUUUGCUGAAGGGAAUUUACUUAUUUCUCCUUGAAAUAUACUUACAGAAUACAAAAAAAAUCUCAUCUAGUAAUUUUGUUAUAAACUUGGUCAUCGUUAACGCCUUUAUUGGGGAUCAUUUUUUUGCUUUAACAAACCAUUUUUGCCAUUUAAUUUAUUCAUUCCGCCCUUUUCUGUAGAUUGAUUGUAUUUAUAAAAUGCUGUAGUAAAUGAAUGAAGAAUUUCUACUACCGGUACUUGUUUUUUUGAACUGGUCAGUUUUAGCCAGUAUUGGGUACUUACAAUGUAUCACCUAGUUCAAUACUGAUUUCUUUGACAAAAUUCCAUUUUCUACAGUUGUUUUUGUAUGACAAUGUUCAUCUAAUGCUAUUUUCAUUUUUCUGUAGA